CCUUCCCUGCCCAGAAAUGUCUGUCUCGGAACCGUUUCCGUUUGAGUGGAGCGGAGGUGCAUUCAGUGUUUAAAAGUAAACGAAUGGGGCAGAAUUUGGUUCACUGUUAAAAAGAGGAUUGGCUGUGUCUGGACAAUACAUUAUCACAAUGCCAGGAAGACUCUGGAGCAAGGCUAUCUUCGCCGGCUACAAGCGCGGCCUGCGUAACCAGCGGGAGCACACAGCGCUGCUGAAGAUCGAGGGCGUGUACACCCGCGAUGAGACCGACUUCUACCUGGGCAAGCGCUGUGCCUACGUCUACAAGGCCAAGAAAAACACUGUAACCCCCGGCGGAAAGCCCAACAAGACCCGUGUGAUCUGGGGCAAGGUGACCCGAGCCCACGGAAACAGCGGCAUGAUCCGCGCCAAGUUCAGCAGCAACCUCCCGGCCAAGGCUAUGGGACACAGAGUGCGAGUGAUGCUGUAUCCAUCCAGGGUUUAAAGCGCUGUUGUACAUACAAUAAAAAGACUUGAAAAUCCA